AAGCACACCAUUUGACUCAGCUCGGCGCGGGGCAUCUUCCAAUGCCCAGAAGUGUCCGCGUGGACAUAGUAGAGCCAGGUAGGAAUCGUUUCAGAUUUUUGCUUGCGGUAGGUUACUCGUUGCGCUUAUUCGCUGCACUCGCUGGGCAACCUACCGUGAGCAAAAAAUUGGGACGAAUCGUGAAAUCUGGCCUCCUACUAUGUUCAAGCUGACACUAAUAUACAUCAGAAGAUGCGCGCGCCGAGUUGAGUCGAAUGAUGCCCUUGGAUCAAGAAUUUUUACUCUGGAGAGAGAUAUGGUCACGCUACGUCGAUGUCACGUGAAUCGGGCGACUCUGCGUCGUUUUCUCCAGGACAUGCGAGCGGUAUUGUAUGUUUAAAUGAGCUAUAAUGGUACCUAGCCAAAGAAAGCAGAUAAAGUCUUGAAUCUUUCCUAUUAUAUUGCACUAUAUCAAUAUCAAAUAAAAUUUGCAAAUUAAUCAUUCUUCUUUUUUUAGAAAUGAUGCGUCAUUUUGUUGCAUUUGCACUACUGUUAAUCGUUUUGGAAAUCUCAGUCGAGGCGUCUAGGAUGCCACCUUGCUUUUUUGGCAAAGAUUUUGGGUGCAGAGCACGUUGCUUGAAAGUAUCAGGUUGCCAAAAAGGAUACUGCGAAGAAAAAUGGAGAUGUGUCUGUGAGGGCUGUCCCGGUGGUCAACAGAAGAAAAUCUCUUCUUCAACAGAGAUACAUGUAUAGGUCCUGUACCUAAUUGAGCUUUUUGCGCAACAUACCAGUAUGAAGUUAUUAUGAUGCAAGUU